AAAAGAAAACUGGCGCUGAGGUAAGGAUGAACAAAUCCCUAAUUAUGCUAGGAACAAUGGUGAAGCAAAUCUGUGUCAUGUAACUUGACAUCACAAUAUUUCUUCAAUUUCACAAGUUUGAAGAUGUCAAGAGCUUCCAUCUCAAGGCUCUCACCCACCGUCUUUACCAUUAUUAACACAAGGGACUCUAUGCUUGGUUCCAAAUGCUUAUUGAGAAGCAUUUUUACACCUCCUUGUCCGACGUUUCUGUUGCGUUUUAUCCAUCAUUCUGAGCGCAGAAACGUAGGGGAGCUUCAUUCGUUUAGAUUGAUCUCAGUGAAUGCUUUAUCUGUUAAUAGAUCAUGUACAAUUGGACCUUGGAAUCAUUGUUUAACAAGGGAAUAUGCUAGAGUUAGAACUAAUGAAUCCAUUGAGAUGAAGACGGAUGAAGAUGUUAUCCGAUUUAAAAUUGGUGAUAUGAGUCCAGAAGGAAUGUCGUUGAAGAAAGGGAAGGCAACGACAAAAAAGUCAGACGUGUCUAGAAAGAAGAAGCUGAAUGAACUUAGGUUUUACCGGUUGAAAGCAAAAAAGAAAAUGAAUUCUCCAAAUCCUGAAGUUAGAAUAAGGUACAAGCUUGAGAAGGCAAAAAGAAAAGAAGCAUGGCUGAUAGAGAAACUGAGGAAAUACGAUGUACCUAAAGCAGCACCCGAAACCUAUGAUCCUGAAAUAUUGACUGCAGAAGAGAGGUUUUACCUAAAGCGCACUGGCGAGAAAAAGAAACAUUAUGUUCCUGUGGGGAGACGAGGAGUAUUUGGUGGUGUUGUUCUUAAUAUGCAUUUACAUUGGAAGAACCAUGAGACUGUAAAAGUCAUCUGCAAACCCUGUAGGCCCGGGCAAGUGCAUCAAUAUGCUGAGGAGCUUGCUAGGUUGAGCAAAGGCAUUGUUAUCGACAUAAAGCCGGAUGAUGUUAUUAUAUUUUAUCGGGGGAAGAACUAUGUUCAACCAGAUGUCAUGUCACCUCCAGAUACUCUUUCUAAAGCUAAGGCCCUAGAAAAAUAUAAACACGAGCAAUCGUUAGAGCAUACAAGUGAGUUCAUCGAAAAGCUGGAGAAUGAACUCGAAGAAUAUCUCGAACAUUGUGCUCGGUAUAAGAAAGAGGAGAAGUGAAGUGACUGAAAAGGGUGUGGCUACUACUAUCUUUUACUACCAUUCUGUUCUUUGCAAGUGAGGUGAUAUGUUCUCUUUCUUACUGUUUUGGAUAAAUAGGAAACAAGUUGUACAAAUAGAAGGAAGGAUACUGUCCCUUUUUGUAAUAUUGUAUUGAUAAAUUACAAUCCUGCAUUUUCAUUUUUUC